GGUCACUUGUAGAGCUCUCUUGACACUUUGUGAUCAAAGUCUUUCUCUAGUGUGUGUAGUUCUGCCAUAAGCUGCUUUUAAAGACACAUUUUCUGUGGUUAAGAUCAUGGUAGGGUAAGUUUCCGGGAAAUGAAUGGAAGUGUAUGCAAUGUCCCCAAGAGCGACCUAUGGCAACAAAAAACAGACAAAAAAAAAACAUUUACCGGUAUACUUUGCCUUAUGACUCACUUGUCACUCCCCGCCCCUCUGGAGUAUCGUUUUCUGUCAUAAUGGGCGUCAACACAUUAGUUACUGCUGUAAUUUGAAUGAAUAAUGUGGCUUUCAUUCUGAGAGUCGUUGGCCCGAAUCUGGUGGCUACGAUUGUUCAUUCAAAAAAAAAAGAAAAAAAAAAGGAUUUAAAAUUAAAAGGCCCUCACACUUUAGCGACAAGGCUGCGUCCUGGGAACUUAGAUAAACUACAGGGCUACACAGACAGCUCUCAUGCGGAGCGACUGUCACUCACAGGGUGUGCGUGUGCGUGUGCGUGUGUGUGUGUGUGUGUUUGUGAUGCUCCAACGCCCGGACUCAGUGGCAGAACACAUGGGAUGCAUGACUUUGAGAAUCUCGGCAUAGGUUUUCGCUCUUAACAACAGAAACCAGCUACAUGGACACGCGGGAAAACGAUAGCUUCGUGUCGGCUCUGUACUAUACGAACAUUUAACAAUCUCUUUAAAGAUGUUUAAAAUGCGUCUGUGCACCGCGCUGGCAUUAGUUGCCGUCGUAGUGUUUCCUCUGCAGCUGGAAUGUACCACAACAUGCCAGAUGGGAAAUCAAAAUGAUUAUGUUGAGGGGCAGUGCCCUGUGAAACUGACCCCAGUCCUGGACCAGGGGCCUGGGGAGAUGUACUCUGAAUGUGUCACUGUCCGUGUUUGGAUGAAAGCUGAUGACUUCUGUAAGGCCCCAAAGAUUGAAAUUCUCUCAUCAAAUAAUGAGACAAUCAAGCCUAUCAUGAAAAAAAAUAAAAAUAAAACAAAGUGUAACAGUGAAAGAAAUGUGCGUGGACAAAAGGUCAAAUGUGACAUGGGUGUUACGCAGCAGUUGCCAUAUAGUAAUACCAGUUUUGACUUGUGGGAGAUUGUAUAUGCUUGUGUAAAGGCUGAAGCAGAGACCAUUGUUUCUGUGUCAUACAGCACAACAUCAACGAGCUGCACUGUCAGCUACACAGUGCCAGAUCCCGUACCAGAGUUUGAUCUGUCUGUGAAUCGGUUGUCUAAAUCCAUCACUGUAACUGUGGCACCUGGAGAAAAAGUUUAUACCAGAUGGUGUUACAGUGGUGGAGUGCAGUGCAAUGGCGAUCCACUUUCCACCCUAAUUACUAUUGAUCCGUCUCAGUCUCGAUCAGCUGUUCUUAACAUCCCACACUUGCUACCCUGUGUGUGUGUACAGGUAUAUUACACCUACACAGAUGCCCGGCGACGUAAAAAGUGUCCUUUUCGAAAGGAAAGGGUCACAGAUGUUGCAGACGUUUGGAGCUCCUCUGAAGUCAUACUGUACAAGUCUAAGUCCAGUUUGCAGUGGAGAUCAGUGUGUCCUGCCAGCGAGCUGAAGAUCUCUGCCUCCCUCUGCUGGAGACAACACGAACACCUCUGCACACCUGUGCUCAACUCCACACAACUGGAGGAGAAGGAGGAUGGACCAAACCUGAUAUAUAACACAUCUACAGUGGACAAACACCCAAACAUGUGUGUGCAGUUUUCUCUACAAGGCAGCCGUAAUAUCUCUUGCCCCUUCCAUGCUGCGGUGUCUUCAUGGGAUGUGUAUAUUGGACCAGGCAAGCAGAGUGUGUUCGUAUAUAUCACUUCUCUUGUCCCAGCAAUGUUCUCCGCUCAACUUUGUGACCUUAACGAGAUGGGAUGUUCACCCAUGGGUUCGGUCCACACACUAAGAAUGGAGGGGAAAACUACUGAGAUGAGGAUAAAAAUGCCUCCUCACUUUCUUGCUGAUAAGCCCUGUGUGCAGGUGUGGCAGUCAGAGCCUGCUCUUCAUGGAAGGAGAAUUCUGUGCCCAAACUACACGCACAACAGAUAUGGCAUGUAUGCAUCGGCAGCUUUGACACUUGUGGUUAUUAUUGCAUUACUGGGAAUUUUCAUCCGUCGUCUUACUAAAAGUAAAGCUGCAGGCUGGUUGUGUGUCCAGAAGCCAGUAUUGCUGGUGUGCUCAUCAGAACAGUCAACCCAUGUCUCUGCUGUGUGUGCUUUAGCCUCAAUUCUGCAGGGGGAGCUAAGUGCCACAGUGCACAUGGCUCUGUGGGCCCAAAGCUCACAAACGCAGACCGGGACUGGGACUGGAGUGGCAGAUCUGGGUCCACUUCCGUGGCUGUACGGGCAGUGGGAAACUGUGCGUAAGGCACAAGGAAAAUUGCUAAUUAUUUGGAGUCCUGAGGCCAAGACAGCCUAUGAGAAAUGGAGGGCAAACGUGGAUGAGAAUGAGAGAAAGAAGGAAGAUGACAGCAAAGCAGAUGCAAGAUGUGAAAAAAUAAGAGUUGCUGUGGAAGAUAAUUAUAAACUAAAUGGAAGAAGACUUGCUAUAUGCAACAAAGGGAAAGCUGCAGGAAGAAAGGAUUGUGUUAAAUCAUGUGAUGGUAAAGACUGGUGCCCACACAAAGAACCCUCUUCAGUGAUAGCACCAGUAUUUGCAGCUUCUCUGGCCUGCCUACAGGGGACGCUGCAACAGUGCAAAGGUCAAGGGGUUGCCAUUGUGUAUUUCCAGGGCCUUGGCCACAGCAGGGACAUCCCUAAAGCCCUCAGAGGUGUCCCUCGGUACUGCUUACCACAGGAUUUCAGGGGUUUAAUACAGGAGCUGGGCGGGAUGAAAAUAAAGACACAAACUGGUAAAUUUCAUUGGCACUGCUGGCUCAGACUCCUGUCUAAAGUGCAGUCCAUAUGGCUGGUACGACAGCUAGCCCACAGGCUACAAACUCAGCUGCCUCAGACACAAGGGAAGAAAAUGCAAGGGCUGAGCGUCACAUCAUCACAGAAAAAGAUAUCACAUAAGACACAGAGUCGGCUCAAGUUACCACUGGCUGCCAGCAGGGCAAGGCUAGAAACUAUACAAGAGCAAGAGCCUCUCCACGGGUCACCAUCGAGAGCAGAGACACUUUAAUCUCAAGUUUCACAUGUCUUAUGGGGACAGACUUUUGUUCUGCUUGAAACAUAAUAUGUUCAUGGGAAACAUGAGCUGGUGUUCCAUUGUGAGCACCUCAGAGUCACCACUCAGUACCAACUAUUCAUUACUUGGCACCAUCAUGGCAAAAAUGCCACCACUUGUUUUGCAUAUUAAGAAGAGGUAAAUACUCCAUCCUGUUGUCGACAGAGAGACUCUUUAUGUUGCUUUCGUGACUGAAACCAUAGCGAACACCUGUCUUAUCUGUAAAUGUGCUAACUGCUAUGAAAAUCUGGUUGCAAAUCAUAUUUUACUUUCUCCAUGAGUGCAUUUAAUGUUUGAAGGUGGUGUGGAGGCAGGCAACAAACUGUGGGGCUUCUGUUUGCAGGCGCUCACAAAUUUGCAUAAGAUUUUCUAAACACAGACAUUGAGCCAAACCUGUCCCAGGAUUUCAAGGUUUCCAGUGUUAAGAGUGCAACAGAUGAAAAGAUGAAGUGACUUGUACUGAAGCAUGCUUUAUUGAGCUUUUUACAUUUUUAUCCUUUAAGACUUUGAACUAUUACAAGUCUACUACUAUUGCCUUGAGUGGGCUUUAACAGUCACUGUGUUUGUCUGCAGCCCGAUGAUUAAAUACUGGCACACAUACUACCUCCUACAUUCAAGAACAAAGAGUAAAUCAACUGUUUGUUUGUUUUUUCACUCAGGCAUACUGCACCUCUUCAUUCAGGAAACGUCACUGAACAUUACAUGAAAAAAUGUGUCUUAUCUCAAAGAGGAGACAGCCAGUAUUAUUCAAAUAUUACUAACGGCAAAUGGGCUAUACACAGGUUACCUCAAAAUCUCAGAGCAUCAGAGCAAGAAAAACCAUGACUGCGGUACUUCCCCAGCUCUUAUUUUACUGCAGGAAUUCUAUAGAGUUCAACGGUAAAUUUUAUGCAAAGCGAACUCCGAUCUGGUCAGGGUCGACACAUAAAUUUCAUUUCAACUUGGGGAAAUAUUUGAUCUGCUCCAGUGAACAUGUUGAGUUAAGCUAACACUAUUGGCAUUAUAUAUUUUUGUAUGGGAAGUAAUAAAAAAAAGAAAAUCCAUGUGUAAUAACUGAAAUGACUGAUUGUGUAAACAAAACAAAUGUCUAAGGUGAAAUUGCUGUUUAUAUUACUGACAUCUGUUUUUUUUAAAUUCAGAAUCUCUGUUACAUAAGCCCCAUGUUGCGUUUUUCUAAAACCUGUUCUUUCAAAAUGAGAUACACUGAAAGAUAACAACAUUAACAUGACUCCAGUACUCUGAGU